UGGCAAGAUGGCCGCCGGUGAUGACGAUGGAAACUCCGCCGUAACACUUCUAGCCUUUAUCUAUGGUACUGAGGCUGUGAGAGCUGAUUUCUGCUCAGAGGACGUUUGGCCAUGCAGGUCAGGUUACUAAUGAGAUGCGCGCGCUGGCUGCUGCUGCUGCUCCUCCGUGAAACAGGUGAAGACACAUUCAAGCUCUUCACGGUGAAGCAGGAGCUGGAAUACGUCGAGAAACAGAUCCGUGGUCUGCUGGUGAAGCAAGCCGAGCUGUUGGAUCGGCGCUCAACGCUUAAAACAUCACGUGCCGACGCUCACAAAUCAGUGGUUAGUGACGUUAACUCUUUGACUCCCACUUCAUCUACUCCGUGUGUUCCUCUGCCCAGGAGGACGCGAUCAUCUCGGGCUUCAUUCACUCCGGCACCGAAACAACAACAUGGACCAUGGAUCACACAGCGGAAGACACGAGACAGGACCAGAGCUACCUCUCCGCCCCUCGGAGCUGUUGUGCUGCACGCGGGAGCGAACGACAUCAGGCUGCAGCAGACGGAGGUUCUGAAGAAGGACUACAGGAGCCUGAUCGAGACGGACAGAGCCAGGCUGUACCGUGCAGAAGGACUCCACCCCAGCAGAAUCGGAGCUGCUGUGCUGUCGGACAACAUCUCCAAGACGUUACGGACCAGAUGACUAGGACCUUCUACCUUACGGACCGGGUCGGCGCGUAUGGUUGGGUUGCGGAGAGUUCAGGUUACGGAGAGUUUGUGAGAUAGUGGUUUUCUAACACCG